CCUGCCCAUAAUCACACUGCAAAGCGUAUGCGUGUGUUUGUUUGGUGUGUUGUUGCAGUCCAAGAAGUCGAAACGUCUCGUCUCGCUGUCCGCGGAAAAUUCCUACCCUUUUUUCCUUAGCCGUAGCCAUAAAGUUCCGCUUUCCCAGCGAUUGCUUCAACUAUCGACUGUGGUAGAACGCUCCAGCACGGUCAACACAGCUGCAGUGGCUUUAAACAACGACCCCCCAGUGCCAGUGCGCGACAUUCAGUGGGGGGAAAAAAGCAGAAAGCAAAUUACUUCUGAUCGGAGUCUGUCUCAUCGACAUCAUCCCCCCCGUCCAUUUCAUUCGUUUGGUGUGGUUUGGCUCUUCUUUGCUGCCUUGCGUCUCCGUUCGCUUUGUCAUCCGCUGCUGUGUGUGCCGUGGUGUAUCAGGGAUGUUUAUGCUUCCUGUGUUAUGCUACGGCAAGCGAAAAGCAAUCCGCUAAACUAGUUUGACGCUUUCCUUCUGCCAACCUCGAAACAAGAAACAAAAAAAAAAAACCAAACGCUUCCGAUCGUGAGCGAGUGUUUCUCCUAUUGCGCGUCCGAAUCCGCAAAGUGGUUCUGUGACUGAAAGGUGUGCGUGUGUGUGCGUGUUGAUCACGAAAAAUUGCACCAAAAACGGUGGUGGUGGUCGGGUGCUUUGGGAACGUUGUGUGGUGAGGUCGGCUUGUCCGGUGGUGGCACCUGUGAAAAUCGCUCAAAUCGUUGCCUUCCAUUUACCACAAAUUACGGCCAGCCGUAGUAGCGAGCGUGUGCAAAAAUUAGCAACAAUUGCGCGUGGUGUGUGCAAGCAAUCGUGUUUGUGUACGUAUGUGUGUGCCAGGGGCGUCGUGGGGUAACCCUGGGAAAAUUUCGCACCCACGAAAGUGAAGGUGAUUUUUCAUGACUUGCUGCAGUUACACUGGCCCAGUGGUAGCAGCAGCAAGAAAGAAAGAACCACCUGCCUGUGCAUAGCAAAGCGUGUGUAUCCCUGCACCGCGUCCAGCCUACUACAAUCAUCCCCUAAAAGCGAGCGAAAACGCACCAGCCCCCUCCCAAAACAAGGCCCCAGCCAUGGCGGACCAGGAAUCGGACAUGGAAUAUUCGUCCGACAAUGAUUACGAGUUUGAGGAUUACUACAACUCAGGCGAAGAUUGUGACAUCGAACAGAUCGACCCGAAGCGCACCGAUCCGGAGUACUUCGUGUACGAGUGUCUGAACGUGGAGGAGGUCGAGAAGCUGCUGAACGAGUCGGUGGAGAAGCUCAGCACGCAGCUACAGAUAACGCCCUCGCUCGCCAAGGUGCUGCUGCACGAGACGCGCUGGAACACGGCGGAAGUGAUCGAGCGGUACCGGAACAACGCCUCCAAUCUGCUGGUCAGCGCACGCAUCAAAGCGGCCGCCCCGCCGUCAGUACCAGCGGUAACAUCGCCCGCACCCCAACAGUCAUCACCCGUCCCAUCCACGUCCUCGGCGGCGGCUGUGGCAACGGCAGCAGUUAGCUCUUCCAGCAGUAGUAGCAGUAGUAGUAGUAGCACUGCCACCUGCUCGUUCCUUGCAUCCGUCCCCAGCUGCUCGGUCAACUCUGCCAUCCCGGGCACAAGCAGCAGCAGCAGCAGCAGUAGUAGUAAAGCUCAUCCUAUCUCCUCCACCACCGCCACGACGGCCUGCUGCUACCGCACGCAGCUCUGUCCGGUGUGCGUGACGGUGCAAUCGACCGACAAGUUCCAUGCGCUUGCCUGCCAGCACUCCUUCUGCCGCGACUGCUGGGCGAUGCACUUCGAGAUCCAGAUCGGGCAGGGCAUCUCGACGCAGAUCGAGUGCAUGGAGCAGCGGUGUGACGUGCGCGUGCCGGAGGAUCUCGUGCUGACGCUGCUGAACCGGCCGAUGCUGCGCGACAAGUACCAGCAGUUCACGUUCGCCGACUACGUCAAGUCCCAUCCGGAGCUGCGCUUCUGUCCCGGUCCCAACUGCCAGACAAUUAUACGCAGCCAGGACAUUAGCCCGAAGAAGGCCGUCUGCCGCAUGUGCAAGACGGCGUUCUGUUUCCGGUGCGGUACCGACUAUCACGCCCCAACCGACUGCCAGAUCAUCCGCAAAUGGUUAACGAAGUGUGCGGACGAUAGCGAAACGGCCAACUACAUCAGCGCGCACACGAAGGACUGCCCCAAGUGUCACAUCUGCAUCGAGAAGAACGGGGGCUGCAAUCAUAUGCAGUGCUUUAACUGCAAGCACGACUUCUGCUGGAUGUGCCUGGGCGACUGGAAGGCGCACGGGUCCGAGUACUACGAGUGUUCGCGCUACAAGGAAAACCCCAACAUUGCGCACGAAUCGGUACACGCGCAGGUAGGCAAUGAGAAUGCCCGGGAAGCGCUCAAGAAGUACCUGCACUACUACGAGCGGUGGGAAAACCACUCCAAGUCGCUGCAGCUCGAGCAGCAGACGCUCGACCGGAUGCGGGCCCGCAUCAACGAGAAGGUAAUGAAGGGCCUCGGCACCUGGAUCGACUGGCAGCAUCUGUUCGAUGCGGCCACGCUGCUCGCCAAGUGUCGGUACACGCUGCAGUACACCUACCCGUACGCGUACUACAUGGAGUCGCGCAAGGAGCUGUUCGAGUAUCAGCAGGCUCAACUGGAGGCGGAAAUUGAGAACCUUUCCUGGAAGGUGGAACGGGCGGAAACGACCGACCGUGGCGAGCUGGAGAACCAGAUGGAUAUUGCGGAAAAGCGGCGCACCACGCUGCUGAAGGAUUUCUUCCCCACGGAGGCGUAAUUUCUCCUCCUCCUUCCCAUCCGUUUCGCCCAGCAAUUCUUCUUAAUUCUUCCACCACCGAACCGAGCGACGAGAGGAGGGUGCACAGCGACGCGCGCGGGUAAAAGUAAUUACAAUUAUACUAUUUUUUUCUAAGUAACUCAACAAGCUACGGAUUAAUAUAAACAGAAAACAACCUGCUAUAAUAUUAAUACUGCUCGAUUACGGUAGCGAUGUGUACAUUUAGCGUGUAAGGGACGCGUAACAAACCAAACCACCUCUACGCCCUUCCUCUACGAGCGAGUUCCUUUUUGGGUGGGGGAUGGUUGUAACGCGUGAUGAGGAGCAGGGAAUUGAACAUAAGCGCCCGUAAAGACAGAUGGCGCCCGCAUAAAGAAGCUACUAUCAGAUAGAGAGAGAGGCAAAGCACACACACACUCACAUGAGUUCUUCAAUACUCACAUGAGUGUGUGUGUAGGAGUGACAGUAGAAAAGCGUAACUAAUUAGUAUUUAGUACUAUACUACAUCGGCUAAGCGUCGGUUAGGGUACAACGUUAUAGAGAAUGAGGUAAGAACAGCAACAUGCACACACGACAAAUCGUUCACAGGAAGGAAACAUCAUCUUAGUGAAGCGAAAGUAAGCGAAAUAUUAGCAAUACGUGAAGCAAUCCGUGGCAGCAAUCGUGUAUUGUCCCCCCGGGAACGGUCGAGAUCUCUCUUCUCUCAAGAGGGCACACGCACGAAAUACGAAAAGACAACAAUUA